UCACUAGCUGAAGCAAUCAUGUCUGGAAGAGGAAAAGGAGGCAAAGGUCUUGGUAAAGGAGGAGCCAAGCGUCACCGUAAAGUUCUCCGCGAUAACAUCCAAGGUAUCACCAAGCCCGCCAUCCGCCGUCUGGCUCGUCGUGGCGGUGUCAAGCGUAUCUCCGGUUUGAUCUAUGAAGAGACUCGCGGUGUGCUGAAGGUGUUCUUGGAGAACGUCAUCCGUGAUGCUGUCACAUACACCGAGCACGCCAAGAGAAAGACCGUCACCGCCAUGGAUGUGGUCUACGCUCUGAAGAGACAAGGACGCACUCUGUACGGUUUCGGAGGUUAAAUCUUUUGGACAUCACAACAACCAACACCCAAAAGGUCCUUUUAAGGACCACGCACUUUUCAAAGAGCUGCAAUUUCCUUUUGAAUUUCUAGUAAACCUAUAUAAUUGCUAAUUAUUGAGCUUAUCUGAACAGCCGUCGCCAACCGUAGAAAUGUGAAAAUGGGGACGUCACUGGAAAUGACCAUUACUACUUUUAUCCUUCAUUGUCACCGACAGUCGUGCAUCGAAUAAUCCAGCUCUAUGAAAACAAUGUGAACUACAUUAAAAGGAAAAAACAUGCAUAAUUUGUAUUCUCAUAUAUGCUCUGUGAGGAAUCACAAGUGACUUGAAAUCUGAAAAAAAGUUGUUGGGCACAU